AUAAAGGUGAGGAUAUUGUGAUGAUUGGACUUGCAAAAACUACAGGAUAUGAGGGUUGAACCUCUAUCACUCUCAGAAAUCUCCUGUCCAGGAGAGCCUGCUGGACCAAGAUCUGCACUGCUUGAGGCGAGCCUCUCCCACCUCUGUUUGUCAUCCAUCAAGCCCAGGUUGGGAGGCGGCCAGGCCUUCCCCAGGAUCUCAGCGGAGCCACUGCUGCCUCUAUCUAGUCCUGGUACUAGGCACUCCCAUCGACCCCCUGCCUGCCCAACACCCACCAUGCCAGAAGAGGCCCAAGAAGACACCGUGGCACCGACAAGGAGCAGGGCACCACUGGCUCCUAAUCAUGUGCAGGAGGUUCGCCUACACCGGGUGGAGUCCAUCAGCGAUCUGCACAGUGGAGGUUCACUGUGGCCCUACCUGGCCGAGGAGGCGCAGCCAUGGGAUGAGCUGCUGGGCAUCCUGCCUCCAUCGAUGUGCGCCCAGACCGGCUGCAGCCCCGCGCACAGCCGCGGCAGCUUCCUGCUGCUGCUGGCACUGCUGGUGCUCACCUGCCUGGUGCUGGCUGUCCUGGCUGUCUACCUGAGUGUGCUGCAGAGCGAAUCCCUACGCGUGCUGGCGCACACACUGCGAACGCAGGAGGAAAUGCUGCUCAAACUCCGGCUCGCCAGCCUCAGCCAGCUGCGGAGGCUCAACUCAAGUGAGGCCCGAGCACCCAGUUGAGAUGCCACUUGGACCUGGGGCCUGGGGGUAUGUGUAGGGGGGAAUAAAGUGGCCGUUGGUAGCUUUCCCCUCUCCCACUACUGCUGCACAUUACUUCCUUGGUGAGGUUUUCGUAUAAGAGCCUGAUCUGACCCCGCAGCUGCCUGCCUUUCUUGCCUUCUCCAGAUAGCAGGUUCAGAAGUCUAAAAAUAGCUGCCCACCCAAACUCUGCCAGGCCUCCCAGUUGGGGGGGUCCAGCCUCAGCUCUCAAAACACAGGCUGGGCUCUGAGUAGGGGGAGGAGGGCCCCUGGGGAGAGAUUAUUUUGGAGGGCAAAGGUGAGAUGGAGAUAGGGAGGCCCAGCUGGGCCCAAGCCUGGGUUGGUGGAUAGGGAGGGCAGGCAGAAACACCCAGAAGCCAGGGCCACAGAAGGCUGCACAUUGUUUAAUUAUCUCUAAAAUCUUUAAAACUCAGCAUAUAAACCCACUCCAGGUAGCCUCACCUCCCCACAUGUUGUAGUGGCAGUUGUCCAGAUACUAUCACCACCCCCGCCCCGAAAGUGGGUCAUCCCAGGGGAGCAAGGCCUGAGAAAGGGCAGGAAGUGGCCACAGGGCUGGUGCAGGGGCAAAGCACGAAGGUCCCAAGUGGCCUGGCCUCCAGCCAC